CUGCGCGGCGGAUCGGGCCGGAGCGGAGAGGAGGUGCGGUUGUGAGUCUAAGAUAGGAACUGGGGACACCUCGGGCCUGGGGGAGCGCGGCCGCGGCGGCGGGCUGGCUGUAGUCGGAGGUCCGAAGGGAGUGACUCGGGCGCCCGGUGGGCUGCUUUCUUUCCGGUGCCUUUGAUUUUUUUUUUUUUUCCUUGCCUUUUGGUCCCGGCCGAGUGUCGCCCGCUGUCGCCCAGAGCGAUUCUCCGGUCAGUUGUGGGGCGCGCGAUCGCCUGGAGCUUUCCGGUGCCCCGAGCGCAGAGCAGGAGCGCGGGGCGCGAAGGAGAGGGGAGCGGAGCCGGCCGCCAACGAGGGGAGGGGGCCGGAGCUUGCCUGCCUCGCUCGCUCGCCCAAGCGGGUCCGCUCGCGCAGGGCGCAGGGCGCGCGCGAUGAAGGCGGUGAGCCCGGUGCGCCCCUCGGGCCGCAAGGCGCCGUCGGGCUGCGGCGGCGGCGGCGGCGGCGAGCUGGCGCUGCGCUGCCUGGCCGAGCACGGCCACAGCCUGGGCGGUUCGGCGGCCGCGGCGGCGGCGGCGGCGGCCGCGCGCUGCAAGGCGGCUGAGGCGGCGGCCGACGAGCCGGCGCUGUGCCUGCAGUGCGAUAUGAACGACUGCUACAGCCGCCUGCGGAGGCUGGUGCCCACCAUCCCGCCCAACAAGAAAGUCAGCAAAGUAGAGCUCCUGCAGCACGUUAUCGACUACAUCCUGGAUCUGCAGCUGGCGCUGGAGACGCACCCGGCUCUGCUGAGGCAGCCGCCGCCGCCCGCGCCGCCGCACCUCCCGGCCGGGACCUGCCCGGCCGCGCCGCCGCGGACCCCGCUCACCGCGCUCAACACCGACCCGGCCGGCGCGGUGAACAAGCAGGGCGACAGCAUUCUCUGCCGCUGAGCCGCGCGUCGCAGGUGUGCGGCCGCCUGAGCCCGAGCCAGGAGCCCUAGAGAGGGAGGGGGAGAGAGCAGAAGUUAGAGAAAAAGCCAACCGGAGGAAGGAAAAAUGCAACAAAAAGAUCAGCAAAUCUUAGAAACGUUUCAUUCGUCAUUCCAAGAGAGAGGGAAGAAAAAUAAAACUUUUCAUCUUUGUUAAAUUUUUUUUGCACGUUCAUAAACAUUCUACACACGUAUUCUCUUUUGUCCCAUUUAUAACCGCUGUGAAUUGUACAUUUUUUGUGUUUUUUGGAGGUGCAGUUAAACUUUUAAGCUUAAGUGUGACAGGACUGAUAAAUAGAAGAAUCAAGAGUAAAUCCGACUGUUAGAAACCGACUUUGUGACCAAGGAGCUCAAUUUUUGUUUUGAAGCUUUACUAAUAUACCAGAGCAUUGUAGAUAUUUUUCUUUUUUUUGACAUCUAUUGUUUAAAAUAGAUGUUUAUACGGAGGCAGGGAACUUUGUGUUCCCUGCAAGAAUGUUACAUAUUGUAUAGAUAACUGAGUGACAUUUCAUACCAUGUAUAUAUAGAGAUGCUCUAUAAGUGUGAGAAAGUAUAUGCUUUAAUAGACUACUGUAAUUAUAAGAUAUUUUUAAUUAAAUAUUUUUUGUAAAUAUUAUGUGUGUGUUUUUUUUUAAUCUGUGGGAAUAUUUCUUUUGGAAAAUUAUUUUUCAGCUCAGUUGAAGAGCUCUUGAUAAUCUUGAAUGUCUUUUCUGUUUGGUCUGGCUCUUAAUUUGUUUUUGUUUUGCCGGGUGGCGGGUAGACUCGGAAGUAACAGUUAUAGCUAGUGAUCCUGCAUGACUGCAUGAGAUGUUUAAUCACAAAAUAAACUUGUUCUGAGUCCAUUCAAAUGUGUUUUCUUUAACCUAGAUCGAAAUCUUUGUAUUUGAAGCCUACAUGUGAAAAAUGCGCUUUAUCAGUUUUUAAGUACAGGGUUUGAUAGUGUAAUAUAUAAAGAGUAAGUGUUUGUUUUUCCUUUUUUAACCGAGGUCAAGAUGGAUUCGGAAUGAUUUUGCUUACGGGAUGGGGAAAUGCUUGGAUCCGGAUGAGUUUAUGAAAUCGAUUGUUUUAUCAAAGUGGAAAAAUGCUUAUCAUUCUUCAUUUUACACUAAAGCUUAAUGUCACUGAGUUUCAUGUCUGUACAGAUUAUUUAAAUCAUAGAAAUGAAAAAUGUUCUCUGCUUGCUACCAAAGGACAAACUCUUGGCAAUGAACACUUUCUGCUUUCCUUCCUCCAAAGAAUAUUAAUAGGCAACAGUGGGAGAAAAAAAAAAUUUAAGGCAUAAUGGCAAAUCCUUCAAGCAGGGAUAAAAGUCGAUCUUCAAACAUUAACUUAAGUAGACCAAAAAUUCUGAUGACCGCAUCUAGAUUAUUUUUUUAUAAAAAUGAUUUUCACUAUAGCUAUGUUAGUUAACCGCUAAACUACUGUCCAAUCUCUUGUGAUGUGUAACUUUUACAUGUGACUAUUAAAGUAGAUUUAUCUGUCUUGUACCGUGA